AUGAGGUUGCCGUGGAAAACGGGGAGGCGAAUUGGCACCGUGACAUGCGUCGUGCUGGUUGCAGAGCGACAGAAUGAGUGUGUGAAGCAGCAGAAAACUCGCCGCAAAGAGAAAACGAAAGUCACGCAGCGCAUGCUCAACUGCGUGUCAAACUACGAACGAGGCUCACUGUGGAAGAGAUGGGUGAAGACUGAGGAACACAGAAACGCCUUACCUAGAGAUAUAUACCGGCACCUGGUGGCAUUCGACAUCACGGAGUUAGACGUGGAGAUCAGGAAAGACAUCCACCGCACGUUCCCGCAGCACACCGUGUUCAGAGACGCUAAAUACGCGCAAGAUGCGUUGUUCAACGUCUUGAAGGCGUAUGCGCUCUACAACCCGGACGUCGGUUACUGCCAGGGAAUGUCGUUCAUCGCCGGAAUGCUUGUGCUCUACAUGAACGAGGAGGAUGCCUUCUUCACCAUGGUGGGAGUCAUGGAGAAAAACGACGCCAAGAGGCUAUUCCUGCCACAAAUGCCGCUACUCGUCAGGUACUGCUCCGUCCUGGACGACUACGUCAGGCGCAAAAUGCGCAAGCUCUACCGCCACUUGCGGACACAGGACAUCGACACCGCCAUCAUCGCGACGCAGUGGUUCCUGACCAUGUUCACGUACAGCUUCACCCUCGACGCGGCAGCGCUGCUGUGGGACGUGAUACUCGCCAGGGACGGCAACUUCGUAGUGCCCAUCGCCAUCGUCAUACUCAAGCUGCUGGAGGUAGGCGCAGACUAA